GAGCAUAACUACUGCAGGAACCCUGAUGGAGAUGUCAGCCCAUGGUGUUACAUUGCAGAGCAUGAGGAUGGAAUAUAUUGGAAAUACUGUGAGAUUCCAUCCUGCCGAAUGCCAGGGAACCUUGGGUGUUACAAGGAUCAUGGAGAGCCACCACCUUUGACUGGCACCAGUGAGACCUCCAAUAAACUUACUAUCCAAACAUGCAUCAGUUCCUGCCGAAGUCAACAAUUUAAGUUUGCAGGCAUGGAAUCAGGUUAUGCUUGUUUCUGUGGAAAUAAUCCCGACUACUGGAGAUACGGGGAGGCAGCCAGUACGGAAUGCAACAGUGUUUGCUUUGGAGACCAUACUCAGCCUUGUGGUGGGGAUGGCAGAGUCAUUCUUUUUGACACUCUUAUUGGUGCCUGUGGAGGGAAUUACACUUCUGCUACAGCUGUGAUCUAUUCCCCAGAUUUUCCCGACACAUACGGCACAGGCAAAGUCUGUUACUGGACCAUACAAGUUCCAGGAGCAUCUCGAAUCCACUUCAGCUUUGCCCUUUUUGAAAUCAAAGAUGCUACAGAUAUGGUGGAAUUGCUGGAUGGCUAUACCUAUCAUGUUCUAGCCCGUUUUAAUGGCAAGAACCGGCCUCCCCACACCUUUAACAUCUCUUUGGAUUUUGUCAUUUUGUACUUUUUCUCAGAUGAAAUCAAUCAGGCCCAGGGAUUUGCUAUCAGAUAUAGAGCUGUGAAGGACAAUGUGCAUCAAAACAAGAUUCCAACGAAUCAGACACUUUCAGAGAAGAUAAAUGAACAAGGAAAUCUCAGCAUCAAUGCAGCCCGGUCAUCAAAGAUACUUUAUGUCAUCACAACAAGUCCAAGUCAUCCUAGUAGCUCCAUGCCUGAAUGGACAAUAUAUAGUCUCACAGCACUGCUCAUCCUAAGUGUUACAGCCAUAAUAGCAAAGAUAUUUCUCCACAUUACCAUGAGAUCCCAUCAGAUACCAUCUGCAACUGAAACAGAAGAUUCCAGUGAGGUUACUACUGCUGGCGAGAUCUGGAGUAUAUUUUACCAGCCAUCCACAUCGAUAUCCAUCUUCAAGAAAAAGCUUCGAAGUCAACAAGAUGAUUGCAACCCACUAGUGGGGAACUGAAGUGUCUUUUAUUUUAGAAGAAUCAAUCUUCUUAAAAUCCAGGGCUUGUUUCUGCCAGAUUUUCUACAGCCAGUACAGUGUUGAGGAGGUCUAUCACACUGCUCAUGCAGACAACCCAGUAGUACUGAAGAAUUAAGUCUGUAUUCCAAGCUCCCCUGGCAAUAGUAUAAAUGGGAGAGUCUCACUGAUAGCCCUGGAAACUGCACUGAAUCUGCAGCCUGUGUGACUACAGGCCAAAACAUCAUUAGACACUUGGCUGUCCCUGAAUGAGCAUGACUAGCUAUUCCAGUUCCAUCUUCUGCUUAAUAAGCCUUCUCAGGCAGCGGGAAGGACUGCCAACAGACUUUUCUAGUGCGCCACUUGGCCUAAAGGAAGGGUGAACUGCAUAAACAACUCCUGACAAAUACUUGUCUGACUAGUUCUUAAUACCUCGCAGCAAUGGUAUUUCACAAUCUUCCAAGGAAAUAAUAAUUCAGUGACAGUUUCACCUGAAUAUUAUUCUAGACAUUUGUGAUCCUUACCAUCAUGCUACCUUGAGAUCUUCAGAGUGAAAAAUGUAAUUGCCUUCAGACCACACCAUUUUUUCUAUAACACCACCCCCCCACCCCCCAAUCACAUACAUUUAAUGCAACUCAUAUAUUCUGAACUCUACUGAGCACCUGUGCUUUGGGAUGGAAUUUGGCAUUCUGAAUUUCAGUCUCGAGACAACUUACUGUAAAUCCAAAGGCUAUCACAUGAACCAAGUAAAACUGACAAGAAAACAGAGUGAAUCAAACUUGAAAUGCCUCACCACUGAAAUAUGUGCUGUGUUUAUAUGUGGUCAUCCUGCAUGCAGCAAAUGGCUGCAAGUAAUAAUUAUAAAGAAAUGAAUACAGUGAAUUUCUGCAGGAGAAGUUCAUCUAGUAUUGCCAAAGCGUAGAGAAGCAUUAAAUAAAGGAUGCAGAAACUGCUGCAGUUCACCAGCAUGAUUGUCUGCUGUGAAGAGAACACUUGAGCUGAAAAUGCUGAGAGUGAUUACAUAAAAAAAUAAGUUCCCACUCUAAGAAGUGAUUUCUGAGGUAACAGCAAAUUGAAGUUUACAGUUUACAUGUCUUCAAACUUUUAGAAGUAACUAUAACGAUUCUUUCGCUGUUUUCUCUACUAAUUGCAGCAACAUUUAAUGCUGUUUCCAUGUUCUUUCAAGAUUCAUGUCUCAUGGAAUUCUUCCUUCUGAACAAAAUAAUGCUAUACGCUCUCAAAUCUUCAGCUGCAUUUUAUGUAAACAUCUGAAUACCAGUGUCAGAUAUCAAAACUAUCUCCAGCUUUUCAUGUCAGGACUCAAACCCUCAUUUACUUUUAGAAACACCACUGUCACAAGGGAUGGGCCUCCCCUUAUACAGGGCAAGUUACUCUGCUCUCCUUUCUUGCCAUUCAGGUACAGGGCCUCUUACACGUCUGUUUAUUCUGGAAACUAUUGACUUUUUUUUUUCCCCCUCAACAAGUUUCAAUCCCCAUGAGGGAAAUGCAUUCUUUAUUCUGAAAGAGACUCUUUUCUACGAAGCGUUUACGUCACAGGAGCACGGUGCUUCCAUCGCAAGAUAAAAUAUCUGGUUUCAGGUACACUGUUUUCUCCCUGGCCAAAGACUUAGGCCAGGCUGGCUCCACACAGUAUGAAGACAACCAUCCUUUUAAGGACUCUUGACACUACCCAAGUAAUAACCAAUGUUACCUAACAGCUGUCAUAGGAUUUAACAGAUGUACCCAAUAUCACUACAGCAAAAAUGAGAUAGUGUUACAGAAACACCAAGUGUUACUGGAAUGUACAAUCUCAUUAAGAAUAGUCUGCUCCUGCUUUUCUUGUUUAACCAUAUGGAGGUUCCACGCAGGUUUAUAGUACCCACAGGACUCUCAUUUUACCAGAGAUUUGCUCCUUAAAUAUUGAACUUCAACAGUGAAAAGAACCCCCCCCAAUAUUAAAAUGUUAUUUUUUGAUAAAAAAAUAAUGACAUUUAGUCAUUAAACAAAAGCCACAACAAAGAAGAGACAAGAAUAGUGCGCACGUGUGCGCAUGCAACUAAAUACCACAUUCAAGUUCAGCCAACAAUCCACAACUGUCUGUCUCAAAGAGACAGAGUACGGGCUCACCGAGCAUUCUGUGGGACAGGAGGGGUAAAGGCAUGUCUUGUUUCUUAAAAGCACAAUCACCUCACAGUUUGCUUCAGAACAAGACGUGAGAAAACAAAACAGCAAUAGCAAACCGGGGAUGAAGGGAGGGAGAGGGAGACUCAGACGUGACCCCUCAACACAGGCUUAUCAACCAAACAAAGAUGGCAAGUUUUGUGCUAUUUUUAAAUAGCAAAUUUGCAAACUAUUUUGCAAAUAAAAAUGCAUAUAUAUAAUGAUUGGCAAUUACCAAGAUUCUGUUCACCAAGCAAAAAAAGGCACGUACUUUGGUUGGGAAGCACUUGCUGGUGCUGCUUAACACCCUCCUGCUUGUUGCUAUUCCAUUACCAAGCCGCUCAGAGUGACCAGACUUUCCCACAGUACUAGAGAUGAGGAUGGUAAGUGAUCCUCGUGCCACAAAGAGUCCAAUGCAAAACGAUACUCUUCAGUGCAACCGUCAUCCCAAAUGUGGAGUUUUCACAUAUGAAACAGGGGAUUGGAAAGAAGCAAGCCUCGUUUCUCAGCUGAAUUCUGAAGUGACUGAGUUGCAGUGUGCUUGAACACCCAUGAGAGGAGGGCAAAGUCCAGGGAAUUACCAGGUGGAAAUCUUUGAGAGAAGGAAGAAACUGGAGGAAGAGACUAGAAAGGAUUUUUUUAUGUGUGUAUAUCACUGGAUGGGAAAUAAUGUGUGGAGGCAAACUGUUUACACAACAACAUAUAAACAUAUGUUACACAAAUAC